UUUGACGAAGUCUUCCUGUACCCAGACGUCUUCUUGCAUAAUUACGCUCUAAUGGAGGAGCAUUUCAAGAUCUUCGUGUACCCAAAGAAAGACGAAGAGAUUUUUUAUUAUAAUGAGAGGAACAUUCACGGGAUGUUUUCCAGUGAAUUGUUCUUCCACUACAGUCUCUUAGUCGCUGACAGAUUUGCUACAUGUGAUGAAAGCGAGGCCAACAUGUUUUUCAUUCCCCUUACUUGGUUCCAAAUUCUUGGCAAGGUACGAUUUCUUUUGUUACAAGAAGCGAUUUUUUGUGAUAGUUAAAGAAAUUAAUGUAUCUGAUCCUUACCACUCUUCUUUGGAUUGUGUUUUUAUACAACUGGGGAUGUUGCUUCUUGAAACAUUUCUGUAGUAAUUCCUGUAUCAGAUGUAAGAAUUACAGUGUAAUCGCCGUUAUUGUAGAAGCAUGUGAAAAAUUAAAUAUCCACAGAAGAAGAUUUAGGGGUCGUGAGUUAUGAAGACCUCAUAUUUGACAAAAUGCCAAGAUGAAAAACAAGGUUUCCUUCCUUUAUUUUUCUGCUCAAGAAUGGUUGAAACUACGAAACUUGAGACUUAAGAGAGGGAGCAAUUUGAAAAAAAUAUCAAGAUGAAAGAAAUGAAUAUCAAUCUCCUUUUCAGAGAUAUAAUGCUGCAUGGAUUGAUCUCUAACUUUCGUCCUCCUUGUAUGCAGGGAGUUUACGCUAAUGGUGAGAAUUAUGUUUGGUACCUAAUUAACGAGUACCCUUACUGGAAUCGAACUAAAGGUCUCGAUCACUUUUUUGUGACUUGCCAUGACACUGGGGCAAGACUAUCUGAAAGAGUUCCACUGAAUGAUUCAAUAGCAGCCUUGUGUUCAGCAAGUUAUGAUUCCGGACAUGACAUACACCGCAAGCACCACCAUAUAACCCUCCCCCAGAUAAGACUGCCAUAUGUUUCUCCAGUGGGUGGUAAUGACUUACACCACAGGAAAAAAUGUCUGCAUUGUACCUAAUUAACGAGUACCCUUACUGCACAGUGCAUCCGUAUCGCUAGAAUAUGGUCUACACAACAUUUACCUUGCGUAUAUUGCACGACAACACUCGCGUUCUGGGCUUGUCGCAAAAGUGCAGGUGCUACGGACAAUCAUGCUGACCAAGAGAAAUUCAAAAUGUCCCAGUAUUGCAUUUGUGAUGGCUCAUCUCAUCUCACCAGAAUCUGCAUAACAGACUCAAUCCAAUACGGAUGUGUUCCUGUGAUCUUGUAUGACAGCUAUGAAUUGCCUUUCAACGACAUCCUUGAUUGGACAAAAUUUUCAGUAAUAAUCAAUAAGGAUAAGGCUCAUCAGGUUAAGCAAAUCCUUGAAGCCAUAUCGGAUUCGAAAUUCAGUGAACUGCGUAACAACAUACUCAAGGUUCAAAGGCACUUCCAGUGGAACUCACCUUCAAAAAGAUAUGAUGUCUUCCAUAUGAUAAUGUAUGAGCUCUGGUCGCGCCACCUUGCACUGUCUUUUUUUGAUAACUCUGGACUUGUAUACAUUUCGCAAAAACAAAGAUGAGCACAACUUAGUAUCAGUUUUGUCUUUUUGAUUCAGAAUAACAAAUGGUUAUGUUUUCUUUAGCUGAUGAAAUUGGAUGCUAGGGAAUCUCAGUUAGUAGAUAGAAUUUGUUCCACUCUUUGUUCAUUUUGACAUUAUUUUU